CGGGUGGGAGUCCGUCAACGACAGCCUGGUGGAGGAGCGGCCCCUCGUGCUGUCGACUCCGCGGGUGCUGCCGCUGGACGGGCCGCUGCCCAUGCCGGCCGCGGACAAGCUGACCGACAACCUCAUAGGCGGCGCGCCCACCCUGGAGGGCCUGGCCAAGGGCGGGAUCUGCAUGGGGCUGCGCGUGCGCUGCGCCCCCAAUAUCGACGGCACCCCGUCCACCUUCCUGCACCAGCCCAGCCGGCAGGCCGCGACCGCGGCGCUCUCCGCCAGCCAGGCCGCCAGCCUGGGCCUGUACGCGUGGCCGUGGCACGCCGAGAUCAUGGCCGAGGGCAUCCCGAUCGGUGGCACUGGCGCCCUGGUCACGGAGUCGUGGGUGAUGGCCUCUGCUGAGUCACUUGUCGGCGUCGACCCCAGCCGCGAGUACCUGACUGUGCUGCUGGGUGGGCCUCGCUCUGAACUUGGCGUGACGGGCCCCUACGAGCAGGCCCGCCGUGUCGACGCGCUCGUCCCCAUCCCGAGCUCGAGCGCCGUCAUGCUGCAUCUGGAUCGCCCCGCUGUUCUCACCAGGCACGUCCGCCCCACAGGCCUACCCGAGUGGUACGCGCUGGCGAACAAGGCUCUGAGCUGCGUCGCGGUGGGCCGCGGUUCGACGGGGUCCUGGGAGACCGUCCACCUCAAGCACCUGGCGUCGUGCAGCGAGGGCGCGGGCUACGGCAGGACCUGCUUCCUGGGGCCGGACAGCUCAUCGUGUGCCAGCGGACAGCACCUCCGGGGAGCGGUGCCGUGGAGCGGCGUCGUGGCGUGCCGGACGCACUCGGGGUGGCACCCGACCGCAGUGUACAGCGUACCGGACCAGUGCGGCUUGACGGGCAAGCAGGCGUUCGACGCAGUGCACUUCAUGUUGAGAUACGUUAGAAAUACCAUUGAUGGAGUGACAGUGGUGCAGCCCUCGCUCGCACCGUCGUGCGCUGGGCUGCGUUGUCCGCUUGGCCGAUGCUUGCCGCCGUCCUCGGUGUGCAACGGCGCUGCGGAGUGCCGCUGGGCUGCUGACGAGAACAUAGCAGUGUGCGGAGCCCUGAGGAAGGCCUGUGAGCCUGGAGGCCAACCCCAGAGUUGUG